AUGGACAGCUCGCGGCAGGAAUACUUCAAGCAGCUUCGUGCGCCAUGUGUCGAGCUGAGUGCUGUUGGCCUCAAAUUUCGCGGCCGGCAAGCAUCGUCCAAUGAGGUCCUCCAGGCCCUCCGUCCAGUGCAUGAUGUUCUAAAUGAUCUUGCAAAGCAAAAUGCACUCGACGAGAAGCUAGCAGAAUAUGCAUUCUUUCCUCUAUCGCAUAUCUUCAAUGAAACCCAGAGAAUCCCCGCCAACUGCCUGGAAUUAGCUGUCAAGUGUUUACGAGUCCUCAUCGCUGAAGGAUGGCGAGAGCGACUAUCCCCGCAAAUGGGCAAACAGCUCAUGAUCCUAUUAACGUUGAUCGUGGGCGGCACACCUAACAAGGCCGGCACGGAUGAGGCUUCAAAGUCCCAGCCUGUGGAAUUGGCCAUUGCAGGAUUCGACUGUCUCUUGGCUAUAUUCAAAGUUCUGGAAGGCCCUAUUGCUGAGCGGACGAUUUACCACGAGAUUGGUACGGCAACGGUUGUAGACCAAACCGUGUACAUUUUGCUGGAAGGCAUUGUCGACGUUAAGUCUGACGAAGUAUGCGUCUCGGCUGCGCAUGCGCUUGAUGCUCUCUACAACCGCAUCACCGACCGCGUUGUCCUCGCUAGUGUGAUGCCCCGGACUGUCUCGGCUUUGGUAAAAGUCCUGAAGCCAUCGACGCAGACACGACGCUCUUACAAGCUGCUCUGUGUGUGUCUGCAAAUUCUCACUCGUAUGCUGAGAAUAGUCCUGAAUGACCUGGCCGCAAGCGCCGAACCAGAAUCACUUACUCAGUCCGAGAAGGCAAAUGACCGAAUAAUUCUUGAUGAAUCUUGGCUGAAAGCUACGGCCACUCAGAUGAAACUUGCGCUUGCAAACAUCAUUCAAAUACGACGACACGAAAGGCAAGAGGUGCAAGAGUCGUUGUUGGAGUUGUGCUUGAUGGUAGUGGAAGAAUGCCAGGAAACUUUACAUGAGUCAAUUCCCAUCGUUGUCGACACUCUUGUCGUUCUGUCAGACUUCGAAGAGGGUCAAACACCCAAUAAAGCGUUUUCUUCGCUCUCACACACUGCUACUGUUUACCCGGCUGUGCUGGAUUCCCUGAAAAACUCUCUGCAUAUUUGGAUUACUGCAUUUCCAAGGACCAUGCAAAAUAAUGACGAAACAGCCAAACAGUGGGCCCUCAAACAGAUAUCGACCGCGUUUCAAAUAUUGUCGCAACUUCAGUCGGGAUCGGACAUUCUCAACAGCAGUCUCGCAUCAGGUUUAUGUGAUAGCGUUGCUGCUGCAGUGAACCAGUCGGCAAAUAUCCCGCAGCCCUUGAGUUCUGAACCAUCGAAUGAUCGCACCUUGGAUGUUAUUCAUAGUGGCAGCAAAUCAAUAUCAUUUGCGCCCUUGCUGCUGGAACAUAGAAGUCAGCAAAAGACUCUAGGGGAUCUGCAGUCUAUGAUUCUCCGGCUCAAUAAAUCAGAUUCCGAUGGUGAUAUUACGCGCUUGGUCAUCAAUCGCAUCCAUCAAGGGAGCGGUACUGUCGAAAUUGCUCCUUUUUGGCUGACAUUGGCAUUCCUAAAAAGCAACACCCAGCCCUCAGCAGCUUUUGACGAUUUCCUAUCUGACGAUGUUGGCUCUUCUUCUUUGCUUGCUAGUAGGGCCAGUAUGAUCGAAGAGCUAUAUUAUAUCUCACUCCCAAUACUUAAUGAGCCGCUUGCCAAUGAGUCUAGAGAAUGGCGAGUCUCGGCACUGGCCUUGGAAGUGGUAGCACUGCAAGCACAACAACUUCGAGAAGCGUUUCGCCCAGAGCUAAUGGAUGCACUGUAUCCUGUGCUCCAGCUUCUAGCCUCCAGCAACUCCAUUCUCCAGACACAUGCCAUGACCUGUUUGAACAUUCUAACAACAUCUUGCAAAUAUGAAAGCACGAGCACCAUGAUAAUUGACAACGUCGACUACCUGGUUAAUUCUGUGGCGUUGAAACUCAAUACGUUUGAUGUUUCACCAUACCCACCUCAGGUAUUAUUCAUGAUGGUCAAGCUGUGUGGCGUGCGAUUGAUUCCUUACCUUGAUGACCUGGUGGACUCAAUUUUCGGAAUCUUGGACCUAUACCAUGGUUAUCCAAAACUGGUCGAGGUCAUGUUCAAAACACUCGCUGCUAUUGUUGAGGAGGGAACCAGAAAUCCCACGUUCCUCGCAAUCGAGAAUGGCCAAGGGAAAUCUGUUGACCAUCGCAAGGAGCACUACAAGAGGCUGCACGUUUCUACCCUCGCAGAAGACAUAGCGAACCGCAAGGCAAAGCGUGCAAAGUAUUCCGAAGAACUGUCGGAAGAGCCACGCGAUAUGCCUCACCUCAAGCAGCCGUGGACCACAGAAUCGAAGAAACCCGACAAGCCGGACCAAAACUUCAACCUGGACGAUGCAUUGAAUCAAGAAGAACCCGACGAGUCAUUACCACCGCCGCGUGAGCCUGACGACCAAGAGAAACCAUUGAAUAAGUCUCACAACCUACUGCUGCACAUCGUCAAAUCCAUCCCCUCUCAUCUAUCUUCUCCUUCUCCCUACCUCCGCCGUUCUCUCCUCUCCAUCCUCAUCAAGGUCUCGCCUAUCCUUGCAGCACACGAAAACAGCUUCCUACCACUCAUCAACGACGUAUGGCCUUCAGUAGCCGCACGCAUCACCUUCCCUACCUCAUUCGGGCCCACAUCUUCUUCCGACGCCCUGAUGACCAAAACCCGCUCCAAGACUACCAGCACAACCACCCCCGAAGCCAAAACCGGGCCCUCAGGACUCGACUUCCAAGAAGAAAUCUACGUCACCACAACAGCCUGUCUAGCUGUCGAGCAAAUGUGCAAGAACGCAGGCGACUUUAUGGCCACCAGGAUCGAAACCGAAUAUCCCCGCUGGGAACGACUAUACCGUCGAGCGUGGGAGAAAGUCAGCGCCGACGCAGAGCGAGCCAUCGAGCGACGAGCAGCACAACAACAAAACCAGGAGACCCAAACUACCACUCUAGUCCCUCUAACCCAAUCCCUCUCGCUCUCCACAACAGGGUCCGCUCCCUCUGGCACCCGCGCAUUCACACCCCACCACAGCCUCUGGCGAUCGCUCCUCUCUCUCUUCAUAACCCUCCUAACUCACGUACGUCUACCUCUCUCAACGGGCGACCAGAUCUGCGAGUUCCUAGGGGCAUGGAUUGCACGGUUCGCUGGACCAGACUACUACAAUAUAAAUCAUGUGCAGAGUCACGAGGGAAACGCCUCCCCAGAAGCAGAGAUCCAGUCCAUGGAAGAGGCCAUCCUAGCAAUGACAACCUGGAACGCAGACCUCACCUGGUUUAUUUUCGAGAAGCAGAGAGCCCAGGUGCUUGGUCUUACCACCAAGACGAGAACCAAAACACGCCAAAUGCAGACACCCAUGAUCAUGGAGGUGGAGGAUGAGCCUUUGAAGAACUGGUCUAUGCCGGGGAGUGGGUUGAAAUUUGCGACGUUAGCGUUUUGA